AUGAGCUCUGGCUCUGCCCAGGAUGUGGCAGUCGAGCAUUUCCUGCGUGACAUAGAGCGGCGAAGCAAGCGGCUACACUGCGCUGUGAUUGGCUGCGAGGAGGAGCGACCCUGCAGCGACAUGAACCUACUGUAUCGUAAGAGCCGUUUGGACUGGAGGCAGAGGGACCAGGAGGGAAGUAAAAAAAGGUGAGAGGAUGAGAACCCAGGAGCUCUGCAUGUGUGAGAUUACAUUCGAGUUCAUUUCAGGGGAAAUAUAAAGCUCUUAACCAGUCUGAGGGAGUUUAAUUUCAAAAUCAUACUUCCAAGCACAGUUCAGGAAGUCAGACAGGUUCACACCGAGAGUCUGGGGACAAAUAGCAAAGCUUAGUCAUGAAGUCAAUAUGUUCUGUCGAUGAGAUAAAGUGCUGUGAUAUCAGCCAUAAUAACAAGUACAAAACAAGGUCAGAGAAGGAUUUCAAAUAGUUGUGGUCGCAUUUGUCUUCGUUCAAAUGUGAUUAUUUUCUGUUUCCAUUAAAGGCCUCUGAGCUUUAAACUUGUUUGUUUUAAUUUACUGCAAAGUGUCAUAAAACCUGGGUCAGCGGCUCACGUAAAUCGAUAAGAAUGAAAAAAUCAAGGUUUGGUUGCUGAUUUGCAAAAACAAAUUGGAUGCACUAGUUGUAAAAAAAAGUGUAAUUCACUGUCCUCAUUAGGAAUUUACAGGACAUGUAAAAACUAUUAGAAGUCUUCUUUUUACUUCACAGAGACAUAUAAUACUUUUCCCUUUAAAACAUUAACUGAGCCACAUAAUACAUUUUUAAAUGCUUUUUAAACAUAAGUCAGGAAGGCUUGUUUUUGAAAAGUUUUGUUCUGCUCUGGACCACAAGUGCAAAGUCGCAAAAAUGAAAAACAAUAACAGUCUGGGCUGCCUGUCAUGAUCAAGAUGACCAUGCCAAAGCAAAUGUAUCUAAUAAGACAUUGCCCUAUCAACAUUUUAAAUGGUAUCUAUUGUAAAGCCAGUUUUUAAUCAAACAGUCAUCUAGCUAGAUUAGAUUGAAUUAAUUUACAAACCACUGUACAUAAGCACACUGGAGACACCCCACGUUCACUGUAGUGACUAUGCUGACCUGAGUUUUAGUCCAUGUCUGGGUGUGGGAGUGAGGUGUUUUUAACGCGCUUUUUGUACAAUCCAAUGUCCAAUCCAAGGUUGUUGUUGAGUUAUAUUUUUGCCAUUUAUUGAUUAAAUGAAACACAAACAAAAAAAGACAGAUACGUCCAACUUACUACGAUAAUUAUGUUUGUGAUGAGGGUGAGAGUGGUGUCUGAGAUUAGCGGUAAAAAAGCACGCGCUCUUCCAGUUCCCCAGAUCACUGCUUCACCUGUGUCCCUUUACCUGCACAUUCACCUGAAGUUCCCCUCGUGGUGAUUGUGCACGUAACAAAACAAAACCCAAAAAAUAAUAUAGAUAAAAUGGCUCAUACAUUCACAGCAAAUUGAACAAAUGGCAGUACAAAUGAUCUGAGGCUCCUGUAGAGAUUUCUUGUUUUAUGUUGAUUUUGGCGCCCUCUCUGGACAAAACAGUAACUCUUUAUAUCUUUGCUGAUCUGUUUCAUUAUCAGGUAAAAAUUCUUCACUGGAGCUUGAAUUGUUGCAAAAAACAGGUAUCAGCAGCACAACAUCAUCGCAGUCUGAAUCUCAGCAGGUCGUGACAGUCUUGAAAAAUGUGUGGGUGCCUGUGAAUGAGUGAUUCGGUGUAUCUGUGUGUUUUGGGGUCAGAGUAGCGACUUGCUGUUCAAAUGUGAGUCAUCUUUAACUCCCCAAACACCAAGCUGUGCACAGGGCCAUUUGUGCCACAGACCGGGGAGGAGCAUUAAAGACAAGAACUUAGCUUGUUUAGAGGCGUCAUCCACUGCGUUCUGACUCCCAACGUCACUAAGAGACCCCCUCGUGUUGGCAGGAGAGAUCAGCGUCAUCAUGGCAGCAUCAGGCCUGUAGAGGUGUAGGACAACCAGUGGGACAGAGAGACACGAUGAGCGAUGAAAGCAGAGCAGGGCAGAAUCAGAGCAGCAGAGGUGAGAAGCAGGACAUGACCAGUGAUGAUUGUGAACAGGAAAGGGUCAGGUACAAAAGCACAGAGGGAGGAAGGGAUAGAAACACAGGACCAGAGAUGACAUCAGAGCAGAGGGAGUGAGGGAGAGGAAGGAGAGGAAAGCAGGAAGGAGGGCAGGGGUAGGCAGUUUGAGAUCUUGGGGGCCCUCAGGAGAGAAAUUACAUUUAUAAAGUCGAUGACUGUGGAGAUACAGAAUGGUAAAUAGGUGAGUUUAAUAUGAGUUUUAAAAAUAGACUGUUUGUUUAUGGUUCUAAUGCAGACAAACAGACUAUUCCCAGCAGUGACCAGAGGUAGAAUAAAACCUUUCUGCCAGCUGAGGUUUUGUUAUUUCUUGCAGAGUGAAGGACUUUGAGUGUCCGGCGUGUAUGCAGAUUUAUGGAGGAUUAAUAAAAGCCUGCGUUUCCCCCCUUUUAUGCAGUUUAGUAAAAGAUCUUUUGAAAACACAUUUGACAGAAAAGCGAAUAAGAGACAAACUUUUAAAAAAAGUAUGUUAUGUUUAUUACAGAGUGAAUCAUCAUAUAAAUCAGAUUAUGGAUUUAACAAUCACUUUAUCCAGUAAUGGAUUUUAUAAAUUAAGUUAUUUGUCCUGUUUAUAAUAAAACAAUGUAAACUGGAAAAAGUCUGUUUAUCAAUAUGAAUUUUAAAGAAGACCCUUCUUAAGUUUGUGUUCACUCAAUUCUUAGUGCUAUCGUCCACGUCCCACACAGAGGUCUUGUUUUGGAAAACUCAAGGCUAUAAAUGAAUCAGUCAUGUUAUGCAAUCUUUAAAAGUUUCCAAAAGUGAGAUUAUAAUUCAUUUUUGGACCUUUGUUAGUCUCAUUCAUAGACUAAAAAAAUAUGGAUGUGGUCUGAGCUCGAUGAUUCAAAAUGGAUUAGGUACGAAAAAUAUUAGCCGGUAGUAAAGAAGAAUUAAAGAAGUGAGAUAUAGAAAACAAAACAGUUUGUUGUGCGCUCGCUGGGUUGUUAACGGGUUUCAUUUUUGCAGUAGAAAUGGACCUUUUUAGAAAUACUGUUUCUGACAGGGUUUCUCCAGCUGUUGGAGCCACACAGGAGGGGGCACUCAAGGAGCUGCAGUUUUUUCACUUUGAUUUUAUUUUCAACAGCUGAGGUUGCUGCAUCAUUUCUUUUGAUAUUUAAAUGGAAAAGAACUGCAUUAAGCUACAUUUGGAGACAUUUUCUACAGUCUGUAUAUACUUUGAAGAGGUCAGUGAAGUUGUACGGUAUGCAGUGAUAAAAUGAUUAAACAUACCCAUGUAUCUGUGUUAACAUUUGCCUGGAAAAGGCAGCUUUGGAGAUGUUUUUAUUACAGCUUUUCCUGCAAAUCGAUGAACCACUUUAGUCAUCUUGGUGUAUCUUGGGACCUCGAGUCAUGACUUCAUUUCGUACAGUCAGAAGAGUGUUUUCUGGAACAGAUAUAUAAAUUAAUGGAUUUUAAAUUGAGAGUGAUGGUAAAUCAGGCUGAGCUCACAUUAAGAUGUAGUGAAUAUGUCACCGUAUUGAAUUGGAUUAGUUUUUUUGCUUUAUUCAGAAUCAAGACAGACUUGACAGAAUUGACCUUUAAACUAAAACUCUCCAGUUUGCAUCUAUCAAUGACAAAUACAAUUUAGCACAAUUAAACCACAUGAGGAUUCAAUAAAUGUCAAAUUUAUCCAAUCCUACGAAACCAUGAAUGUGAGACUAUGAAUCUUAAAUCACUUUGAAACUGCAGACUACAUCUCAAAAAUGAGUCCUUCAGUCAGAUCCCUGUCAUGUCUCUGUAACGCGCUCAUCAAACCCAAAGAGUAGAGGCGCUCUUCAUCUAAAGCUGCACCUUAAUCAAACUGAUCAAAGCUUUUUUUCAGACAUUUAUUAACCUGCUCUGAUUGAUUCACUCAGUCAGUUUUUAUCCAGUUUGUUACAGUUUAUUGCAGCUAUAAGAAGAGUUGAAUGUGUUUGUGUGUGUGUGUAUUCCUUAUAACUUCCAUGGAGAGAGAAGUUUAGAAAACAGUCACCAUGGGGGAUUAAAAUGAAAUACACUUGAAGGUCAAUGUGGGAAAUAACUGUUGAGUUUCAUGCAGAGAGAGACAAAUAUUGUCCUCAUAUGGAAGUGUAAGGCAAAUUUAUCAUUGCUGUGCAUUGGAAACACAAUACUUCUUCAUAUUACAUGCAAACAAAUAAUACAUAGAAGCCAAACUAUCAGUCACUUUCACUUUUAGGUAUUUUUUUUCCCUUGAUUCUUUCAGAUGAGUUUUAAACCAUGCUGGAUUAAACCCAUAACUCAAGGCUAUCAAUUAAAGUUCCGUGUUUUGUGUCAGAUGUGUCAGUAAGGUCCAACAGAAUGAGGACAGCUACACACUUAGUGUCAGCAGCUCAACCUUAAUCCAUCUGAAAUUUCAACAAGAGACGAUUCAGCUGCUCUGAUAUGCCCUGAAACCAGAUAAGAUAUUCUCAGAGAUUACAGGAACAAAGUGUCAUUCAGCUGUUUAAAUAUUACCCACUCUUAAACUUUGCCCCUGAAAGGUAAAUUAAAAAAUAGGACUGUAGCUGCUAGGGGCAGAUCUAUCAAAACUGGAUUGCUUCAGCUAAAGCUUUAUCACCACUGUCUUAAACACUUUUGGGAAUAUCUCCCACUCUAAGGAGGAGGAGGAGGAGGAGGAGGAGGGGGAGGCACUCAAGAAUCUGCCCAAGGAUAAACCUGGCAAAGGUGCUGUUCAGAGGAGCAGCACAUGACCUUGUGGUUUUGUUAACUGGCAGGAUGGAACAAAUCUUUUUGCUUCUUUUGAGUAAAACUGUUGAAAUAUAUGUGGAAGCACACAGAACAUUGUCUUCCUGGGACUACUGUACCAUCUGAAAUGAACAGUUUUGAGAAAUAAUCAAUGUAUUCUUUAAUUUGAGACUUUAUUUUGGUUUGAAACCUUUAGGAAAUAUUCCUGAUAUAUUUAUUAUUUCCAGAGUAAUGAGUGUCAGUGGUUAAAUCACAUCAUGUCAGAGAAUCUAUAACAUUUAGCUCUGUGAUUGUCAAUUACAGGUCUAUAUUUCAGACAAUGUCGUCAUCAGGCUGUUUAAAAAUCACAAUAACCCCUGUCAAAACAAGGCAUUUUGUCUCCUCUUUUCACUUUUUGUUAUGAAGGGGGAAAAAACGAGCCACCUCUGUUUGUAAGCAUUUGAGAUGCUUUUUGACAAAGAUAGGCUUCCAUAUCCUGUUUCACAAAGCUUCCUAUCUCCUGGCUCCAGUUUGAUAUUCAAGCAUGAUAUAAAACUACACAUAGACUAAGCUGUGCAUUGUAUGUAUGUAUCCCCACUGACUGUGAGGGACCAACUGGAUGUGUAGAAAGUGCGUGUUACUAAUCAAUAUCAGAUUCUGGUAGAUGUUGUUGGCAUGUCUAGAAACUUGAAUUAUUUAUAAAGUUAUAGCGCCGUGUCAUCAGUGAAUACACACCCCUAAUGAAGCCCCUCCUAAUGAAAAGACACAACUAUUGAUUACGAGGUGGUGGGAUCACUGCAGGUGUCUGAUGAAUUCAAAAUAGUUUCACUCACUGUAAACCAAAAUUUUGACCAACAGGCAUCUUGUAUUUGAGUUAUUUUAAGGGCUAAUGUUACCGUGUGCUUGCUAACAAAAACAUCAGCGUCUCAUUUAAAGUUCUGGAUUCAUCCUGAGAAGACGUCUGCUGAAUCUAGGUUUCCCCGACUUUUUCUUCAUGUUUUUUUUUUUAUAUACAGAGCAUGUUACGCUGCCUCUUGCUUCCAUUUACAUUAAAAUCUUUGGAGGAUGUACGAUUUAUGGCUCCUCUUUGAGCUUCAUAGCAGUAACUGUUAUUAAAUAAGGUAGCAUGUGAACACACAUUGAGGUGAACACAGUGCCAGCAGCUCCAAGCUGAAUUAUUUAAAAGGGUUUGAUUAGAAAAUAACAAACAAAACAUUAAAACAGUUUGAGAAUAGGUUUAUCAUCUUGCAGUUCCUGAGAUUGAGUUUAAGAAGGCCUACUGGAAUCCAAAUUGGGUCACAGGUCUUGAAAGUCAAGAUUUGAGUCCAAAUCCAAAUCUGUCCGUGGCUGCUGCAAUAUUUUACACAUUUAUAUAUCAGACACACGAUAGAGAGCAGCAGAGUAAAGCUGAUAAUGUGCACAGAGUCGAGAGAAUAGGAUACUUUAUAAAGAGCUGCAUCUUUAGCUUCUGUUUUGAAGAUGCUCAAAGCUCCUGCUGCCCCAAGAAGAAAAACAAAAACAGAUCACUUGCGGCUGCCCGAAGGAGCAGCUCAGCCUCUGUUCUGGGCUAAAUUUGGCCCUGUAAUAUGUAUGCCGUUUGUGAGGAGAGCAUCUUCAUGGCAUUCAAGGACACAAGCAUACAUGUAAAGACGUUCACACAGUCUGUGGCCAUACUCCACACAAAAAAUAUAUAUAUAUUCAGACAUACAAAAACAACAUGUCUUGAAGAAUAGUGGUCUGUUGAACAAUAAAAUACGAGCCUUUGUGUUGGUCAUGAUAAGUUCUGCCCCGGCUGCUUACCAUGUUGACCGUAAUUUGUAAGCUCCAAUUGUCUUCUUCUGUGCUUCACUGCCUUAAAGGGAUCGCCACUGAUCUAAAAGAGAACGCAGCAUGACCCAGAGUCAUACACACCAUGAGCAAAGCUGCAUAUGAGCUAUCAGUCUGCUUACUCAGAAACACUAUAUUUUGCAGAUUCAGAUGUUUAGAGAGAGAUUUAAUUUUAAAAAAAGCCCAGAAUAAAAAUCAUACCGUUGAAGCUGUUGUUUCUUCUUGCUUCUGUGCAGUAAAUUCUUUCAUCUUUUACUCUCUUGAUUGUAUUCCUACUACAAAAACACAACAAAGCUGAACCCCACUCCACCCCCAACACUUGGUAUGAGCUCGGUAACCUCUCUGACGCCACGUUAAUAAAAUAAAGUCUGUUUCUGCUCAGCUUUAACACCGUCUGUUGGGAUGUAAGUCAACCUUGUUCAGGUGAAGUUACCUUAAAGGCCAGGGGCUUAUCGGGUGUUCCUGUGGGGUGAUGCAGCAUAACACUGUGGGGAACCAACACAUCAUUGCAGCACCUUUAGCUAAAGUGAAGGAGCCAGCAGAGGCUUAUCAGAAACCAUUUUAUAAAGCUUUAGUGAACUCAGCGGGACAUCAAACCCCACAGUUUGAUGUCAACAACUUGAACCACUGGCGCUGAUGCCUGAACUGUGAGUGACCUCAGACUGUAAGCAACUACCAUGUUACUGAGGGGGAGGAUUUUGUUCUGGUUUAAAGUCCAUUCUUUGAAAGAAUACAUGAAAGUGAGUGUAAAGUCUGGGGUAUCUAUAAUGCCUGCUUUGACAGCAGAUCAAUGUAAAUAAAUAACAGGGUUUUGCUUUUUAGUAUAACUAUUAAUAAGAUAGUUUGGUGCAUCCACUCAUCAGUGGUAUAAUCAUCUAGAUAUGGUACUCUUCAAGAAAUUAAAAGCAUUUAAUGUAUUUUAUAUACCCCGUGAUUACACCAUAAUUAUCCAAACAGAAAUACAGCUCUAGCUAUUAGUUAUUUUGAUUGAUUGUUCAGUUAUUAACAGAAGUUUUUUGUUAGAUGUGUCUCUUUGGUCGUUCAAUUUCUUGCUGUGCCAGCUCUUAUCAUAAAGGAUUUCAAAGACAUACUAUCAAAUACAUGAAAAUCACAACUGUUCCCAUGGUAACAGAUUAAAUGCUCUUAGCGAUCAUGAGAGCAGACUACUGAUGUGGGCAGAGGAUAUAAAAAUAUAAAGCAAAAAAGGAAAUCCAGCAGCAGUGUACAGGACUGAGAGCACUUUGUUUUUGACGGGGGAAUUGAUUUUCCUAAUUGAAUGUGUUUGAGGAGGAAGCAGAUGUAGAGGAAUUCAGAUGGAAAGAUACACAAAAACUGCAGAAAGAGAAGCCUCCAGGGCUUUCCCUUAUGCAGUGAAAAGCCCUGCAGGCAUUUAGUCACUGCAAAGUUGAUGUUUGAAGACCAAAAGAGAACCAGGGGGGAUUGAGGUCACUGUAAAAAGAGGUCCAUGAAUAUUUGCUCUAGGGCUGGGCGAUUGGGAAAAAGUUUAUUGUGAUAUAUUUUUUUCAUAUCAGUGGAUAUCAAUAUAUAUCACAAUAUAAAAAAUGACAUUUAGAAGUGCUUAUUGGUAGCAUGUCUUUUGCAAUUACAAUGAGCUACUCCAUCUGUGAGGUCUUUGUGUCUCGUUGACGUUUUGUCAUAAGGCGUUGCGCUAGAGAAAGCAGACUGAAUGGUCGGCUGUUUCAGCUGCACAGGCGCCAUGGGCUCCUUGCUCCGCUCAGGGUUUGUAACCUUUUGCACCGCGCGGCUCUGCUUCAGGAGGUGAAAAAGACAGCGUUGUUGACAAUGUCGUCAUCUGUUGAGCCUUCAUCUGCAUUUCUGCCGGGGGUGGCACUCAUUUUCUUUUUUUCUCACAACAGUACUGUCGGUUUCACGUGUUAAAGUGCUAUGGUUGCGUGUAGCUGCAGCCUGCUAUUACGUAUUUUUUUGCUACAUUGUUCUAAUUCAGACUAUGAUUGGUUCAGCGAGACGUGGACCCGGAUCAACUCCUCUUUUUAUUUGGUAUCCGUAUAGUCUACCAAAACAUGGCAGAAUGCAGACUAUCAAAAAGCAUAUUGACCAUGUUUCAUAUCGAUAUCAGGGGAAAUUAAUGUUUAUCACUCAGCCCGAUUUGCUCCUAACUGGAACUUCUGUGUUUUUCUUCUUCUCCUGCAGCUCCACCCAGAAUGACCCAUCAGCCACUGUUGGCAAAGUCCGAGACUUGGCUUCUUUCCGCCGGCACUUCCGGAUGGGUUUCAUGACCAUGCCAGCCUCCCAGGACCUGUCUCCUCACUCUUGUGCCUCCGCCAUGGCGCCACGCUCACAGUCCUGCCACGCUGUUGGUGCCGGGGACACGAGUCUGGAGAACGGGGAUUACUCUGACACCCAGUCCCAACACGGCGGCCGCUGUCCCCCGGCUAAACCCAAACGUCACCCCAGCACUCGCCUCAGCUCCUCAUCCGCUGAUGGCAGAGGACUUCCUGAGACACCGCCACCAUCUUCAUCAUCCUCUCACUCGCAGGGCAAACACUCAGAGAAGAAAAAUGGUAACAAGGAGACGUUUUUUCAACUUCACAGUUCACAUAGAAGAUUUCCUUUCUCUCUAAAAUGCUUUUCUUUCUCCUGCAGCCAUGAAGAAGUCUGACUCUGGGGAGAUCGGCUCCAAGAAGGUGCCUCCGUUAAAGCCCAAAAGAAGUCCAAGCACCCAGCUGACCUUUGACCCUCUCCCUCCACGUGUGCCUGGCGCUGCCACAUCCCUGCCUUUCCAGGGAGCUGACUCUCAGAUGCGGACAGGAGACGGGGAUGACGAGCCGGUUUAUAUUGAGAUGGUGGGCCAAGUGUUCACUAGAGACAGCCAGACAGCCACCCCCCACCCUGUCACCCCUGUGGCCACCACCCCCGACUCUGACUCAGAUCAGAGCGAGGCCAUUUACGAGGAGAUGAAAUACCCACUGCAAGAGGACAAAGACUCCCAGAGACACUUCCCUCUGAAACACGAUAAACCAAAAACCUCGAAACACUUUCAUGUCGCUUCUUCCUCCUCCAACAGCUCCUCGUCUCUUCCCCGCCCCUCCUCUUCCUCUCCUUCCUACUCCAAACCCAAAGCUACUGUUUCCAUCUCUCAUUCAUCUCCUCUGCCUUCCUCCGCAUCCUCAACCCCCGUUCCACAGGUGCUUUCGACCAGUCCACACACUCCUCGAGCUCCUACUCCCUACCUGCUGCAAGGGAAUAAAUCUGAGCCGGAGUCAAACACCAAAAUCCCCGCCCCUUUUCCAAAUCUUCUCCAGCACCGCCCCCCUCUGCUCGCCUUCCCACAGCCUGCAGCUGCCUCUAGCGGGGUCGGCGUGCAAAACAAGUCAUCUUCAUCUGCCAAACUGGGAACUCAAACGUCCAGCGGGUCGACUCAAGCUAGCACCUCCUCCUCGACUUCCUCUUCUAAUGUUCCUUCAUCAAAAGAGUCGUCAGGAGGGAGUUCAUCUCAGCAGGAUAAACACAGCAGAGAGUUAGGCCCCGCCCCCGGCCUGAGAGCAAGGAGUCACUCCACGCCUUUGCCUCCCUCAUCCAAAUCCACCUCCCCUUACUCCCAUCACCAUCACCACCCACACCACCGGCCUUCACACUACCAUCACUACCGAAAGCCAGACAGAGGAGACUCGCCCGUUCCAAACAAGAGCAGCUCACAGGGGUCAACCCAGGCCACAGCCCAGACCCAGACAUCCAGCACAGGCAGGGAAGGGAAGUCAGUGAGCUUCCUGUUAAAGUCUGAUAAAGGAGAGAGGGACAAUAACAGGGACAGAGACCGAGACAAGGAUCGGGAGAAGGAGAGGGACAGGGACCGAGAUAGAGAUAGAGAUAGAGACAGGGACAGGGACAGGGACAGGGACAGGGUUAGGGACAGGGACAGGGACAGGGAAAAGGAUAAAGAAAGAGACCGAGACAGGGAGAGAGAAAGGGAUAAGGACAGGGAGAGAGACAGAGACCGAGACAGGGACAGAGACAGGGAUCGGGACAGGGAUCGGGAUCGGGACAGGGACAGGGAUCGGGAUAGUGGUCCCUACUCUCUACCCCUGGAACACACUCACUCCUCAACUUCUGGCACCAGCUCCACCCCUACACCUUUGUCCUCAUCCCAGCGCCCCCACUCCCGCCCUCAUCUUCGCUCUCACACCCCUCACGGCCUGCCAGCAUACAAGCCCCCUUCAUCGGACAGCCCCCUGCUGUGGACCUACCCAUCCGGUGGCUUCCGAAGACCGCCGGCCUAUGAGAGCCUCAGAGGUAGCUCUCAGACGCCAUCCCUUCAACAGCCCUCGAGUCUCACAGGCGUGGGGGAGGGAACAUCUAAGAGUAAUGGCGGGUCAGGGUCUGGGUCACUUCAGUCAAAAGUUGGCUUCAUACCCUGGGACAGCAGUGCGAGCUUAGCUGCAGAUGACGGCUCUUACUGGCCAAUGCAGAGGAAACUGUCCUUCAGCCAUGGGACCAGAGAGACAGAGAGUAAGUUUGAAGUUUAUUUCACACAGAGGCUAAAUCUAGAGUUGUAUUUGUGUUUUUUUUUUAAAGUUGAACAGACUUUAAAAUAUUAAUUCUGUUCCCUCUCCUGUCUCAGAGGAUGAAGGUCGUGCGUGGAAUGGCAGCGCAGAUGCUUUACUAAGAAUGGACAAGGAGGACCUCUGCAUGGGGUCUCGAGGAGGACACUCAGGCAUCCCAGUCCACUUCUCUAGCGCCACCAGCAGGGCCCUGGGUCACAGCGAGUCCCUGGCAGGUGUGGACAGCAGCCCGGGUUUCAGAGCGCUCCCCAGAGUGGGUCUGCCUCUUCCCUGCCAAACUUUCCCUGCCUGUCGCAAUGGAGGUAAGAAAACACACAUCUUCUAGUCCGAGCCUCUAACCACAGCUUCUUUUAAGAGAAACUAUGGCACUGGAUUUUCAUGGGGAUUCUUUUGCUGACUCUGUGGUCUCUUUAACUUGGAAAGCCAACUUGUUUUUUUUGUCCUUGUCUGACAUCAAAUGCAACUUUAAUAAUGUUCUCGAAGUGAAGACUCUGUCCUCUUCUCUCCCCUGACUGUCAUAACAGAGCCACCAGCUCUGCCUCCAUUACAGCCUCUUCAAACAAGCCAAGAAGCUUUUGGUUUCUUUGUCAGUCUCUUUACAUCUAAACUCAAGGCCUUCCCCUACGAACAGGGACUUGGUUUACCUAGAGGUUGUGUGCGAUGAUUGUAGUGAUGCAGAAAUAAUGUCUAUAGGCUUUGUACGUUUCAUAAGAGGCACACUUCAUGUUUAUAUACCUUCAUUACUCUUGAUAGUUUUGGUGGUAAAAUGUACUUUAAGACUAACUUUGUUUUUCAGUUAUAUGCGCUGCAUGUUAAUAAAAGAUGGAGUGCAAUGUAUGGUGCAUUUAAGCUACUCAUGUUACUACAAUACUACUGGUACUUGUUUCUGUGAAAAUACAGUUUUGUGAAUCAGAAAAUUGAGAUUUUGAUGUGGAUAAACAUUAAUUGUGUGGUAGUGGAAAUGACGGAUUUGCAUCACUUUGGGUUACUGCUGAAAAAAAAGAGUAGAAAGCUGUUUUUAAGUUAUUCCAGUAUAAAUAUCUGACAGAUUGAUACAAGAUAAGGAGCUCUGCUAAAUUGAAAACGUGUAUCCCAUCAUCUUAUUAGCAGACACCCAGUCUAAUGUUUGUCUCCCUACAGAAGUGGGGCGGCUGGGCCGCUCCUCCUCUGCUGCUGGAGUGAGACAAGUGGGUGGAGGAGACGUCCAGAGACAGAGCAGCCUACCAGCACGAGAAGCCCUGAAUCAGGUGAACAUAUAUCAGCCAGAUAUAGCUUUACACUCUAUUAACUUCAUUCAUAGUAGAAUGAGAGGGAACAUUAAUAUUGUUCUCAUUAUUACUUCCUCUUCUGCUGGAGACAGUGCCCCACAGAUCUAUUUAUAGCUGUGAGAUAUGCCCACUGAGCAGAAUGAGACUCUGGCUUGCCUCUAAAAAAUAAGAGCUGCAAAGGUAUUUGACGUAGGCUCAUAUGUAAUCAGGAAAUGAGAGAGAGAUAGAAAGUGGGCGAGAGAACAAGCUGUGCUGUGUUUUGGAGUGAUGAGCUGCAGUCCUCUAGCAGCACAUUUUGCCCAGAUUCUGGCUGCAUAGCAAGUGCUGACGCAGUUUGAGCGUGCUGCAGAGACAGUCUGCAUGCGGCUGGUUGACCCUCCCUCAACCUGUCGUAGAUGAAGUAGGGCUGCAUCCUGGUGGCUGUGUAGAGGAACUGCAGCUGUAAUCAACUCAGAAGGAAGAGUAGGCUGUUUCUAUUGGUCACUCCAUGCAGAGUAUUUGGAAAUUCAAAGACUAAGAAGAAAUUCACUUGUUUUAAUGUUUCUUGUGUGUUCAGCUGCACAGUCUGAGCCAGUCACAGGCCCCCUGCAGUCCCAGCAGCCCCAGCGUGUCUCGGCAGCAGCAGCAGCUCCAGCUCCACCAGCAGCAGCUCCAGCUCAAGCAGCAGCUCCAGCAGCUCCAGCAACAGCACCACCUACAGUUGCAGUUCCAGCAGCUCGCCCAGCUGGCACAGGGACAGCCUCCUGUCGGCGGGGGCACCACCCCGUCUGCAUCACAGACCCAGAGAGACGGCAAGCUGUUGGAAGUCAUCGAGCGUAAACGCUGCCUGUGCAAAGAGAUCAAAGCCCACAGGCGCCCCGACAAAAGCCUGUGCAAGCAGGACAGCAUGCCCAUCCUCCCGAGCUGGAGACGGACACCUGAGCCUCGCAAGACUGGCACGCCACCCUGCCAGAGGCCACAGGCCGUCGUGUGGGACACGGCUAUCUGA